AUGGUGCUGGGCAUAUUUGCGGACAUAGUGCUGGUGAUUCAUGGCACGCCUCAAGCAAGUUCUCCGGUUUAUCGUUUGCUGGCUUUAUGGCUGAAUCUCUUCGCGAACCAUCCCCAACUCACCGCGUGCUUCUUGUGCAUGCAGUUUCUGUCGCUGUCAUCCUACCACGAGAGAGUCGGGUUGGUGGUGGAUGCCCAGCGAGCACGGCUGGACAACUCCGAGGAUGACGCCUUGUUCCGCAUCAUCGCGUUGAGGCACGAGGAGCUUCAGUUUCCUGUGAUGGGCCAAGUGGUGACCAGGACAUGGCUGCGGAAGCUGAUCGUCUCCACGUUCUUCUCCAGCAUGCUCAAGUUCGUCAUCGGCUGGGUGUGGAAAUUGUUGAAAUCACCUCGACUCUGA